AUGUUACGAUCAGCAUGUCAGAGCGCUAGGGCAUGCCCAUCACGAGUGCCAGUGGCCUCGACUAGCAGGCUCGCUUCGAAGCAUGCACGAUUCAGUCCGACCGAGCCGCUUCGUCCCGCGACAGCCUCGAACAGACAGGCGGAUUGUUUGACCAAAGCGACACCAACUUCGUCACAUCGACAGUAUUCGACAACAAUACCAAGGCAGGCAUUGGCAUCACCUGCUGCUUCCAACUUCAGCGCAGCAACCAAAUCUGACGCACGAGACAUCUCCAAAUUUGAUCGCCUCGAGACACGGACAUUCUCCAUCAUCAGCCAUGUCGACCAUGGCAAAUCGACACUCGCGGAUCGACUACUCGAGUUAACUGGUACAAUACCUUCAGAUGGAUCAAAUCAGCAAGUUCUUGACAAGCUCAAAGUGGAGAGGGAAAGAGGGAUCACUGUAAAGUCACAAGCAGUGACCAUGGUGUACGACUACGAUGGACCACGAGAAGGCUUUAUCUCAGCUUUCCAUGAUGGCUUUGCGCCGAAGCCAGGUCGCUACUUGCUCAACCUGAUCGACUGUCCAGGCCACGUCGACUUCUCAUACGAAGUGAGCCGAUCGCUCUCUGCGUGUCAGAGUGCGCUACUCGUCGUCGACGCAACACAGGGCGUGCAGGCACAGUCCAUCACUGUGUUCGAACUCGCCAAGCAAAAGGAUCUCGCCAUCGUUCCCGUGCUCAACAAGAGCGACCUACCAGCAGCAGAUCCAGAUCGAUGUGCCUUACAGAUGGAAGAGAUCCUCGGUAUCGACACAACCCUGCCCGGUCAAGAGCCAUUACUCAUUUCCGCAAAGACAGGCAAAGGCGUCGAUAGCGUCCUACGAGCAUUAGUCGAACGAACAAAACCACCAGAAGGCGUCGAAGAUGGCAAGCUGGAGGGAAGAGAAGGGCCUGGAUUCAGGGCGUUGGUGUUUGACAGUUGGUACGAUCAGUACAAGGGAGUUGUUUCGCUUGUCUCUAUCGCGGAUGGUGCGGUGAAGAAAGGUGACCGCAUCACUUCAUGCCAUACUGGCAAGCGAUACGAAGUGCUCAGUCUCGGCGUCAACUCGCCGGAGAUGAUCGCAACAGAUGUGCUGCGCAAGGGACAAGUAGGGUGGAUCAUCGCCAACAUGAAGGAUAUGAGCGAGGCACAGAUCGGUGAUACAUUCCAUCUGUCAUCGGAGAAGGUGGAGCCAUUGGAAGGCUUUGCACCCACGGUGCCAAUGGUCUAUGCAGGUAUCUUCCCUAUCGAGACAACAGACUUCUUGAAGCUGGAAGAAGCGAUCCAGCGACUGGCGCUGAAUGAUCGUUCGGUGACAGUUCAGAGGGAGUCGUCGAUGGCUCUAGGUCAAGGCUGCCGUUUGGGCUUCCUCGGAUUGCUGCAUCUAGAUGUCUUCCGACAGCGACUGGAAGACGAGUACGGACACGCGAUCUUGGUCACAGCGCCAUCUGUACCCUACAAGGUCACCUGGCGAGACGGUCGCGAAGAGAUCGUUUCAAAUCCUAUCCACUUUCCGGACGACUCGGAACGCAAGUCCAAAGUGAACUUGCUAGAAGAGCCGAUGGUCAGAGGCGUGGUGCGUUGUCCGGAGGAAUACACCGGUGAAAUCAUGCAGCUCUGCGCAGAGCAUCGUGGCGAGCAACUGGAUGUUUCCUUCCCACCUACUGCAUCGGCGAUUCGAUCUGUCCAGAUGACCUAUCGACUCCCGCUAUCCGAGAUUGUGACUGACUUCUUCGACAAGCUCAAGUCUUGCUCUUCAGGCUUUGCAUCAUUCGAGUAUACCGAAGACGGCUAUGCAGCGAGUGACUUAGUCAAACUCAACUUCUUGAUCUCCAAUACGGUGCUCGACUCACUGUCGAUCAUCAUGCAUCGGUCGAAGGUGAUGUAUGCCGCUAGACAGUGGACGAAGAAGUUGAAAGAUAUCAUUCCGCGUCAGCAGUUUGAGGUCUCGAUCCAAGCAACGACGGGAAGUAAGGUCAUUGCAAGAGAAACGCUGUCGGCGUAUCGAAAAGACGUUACGGCAGGACUGUAUGGUGGACAUUACGAACGCAAGCUCAAGCAUCUCAACAAGCAGAAAGAAGGAAAGAAGAGGUUGAAGGCGCUCGGUGUUGGUAGAGUGCAGAUUCCAACUGAGAAGUAA